UAGGCUGAGAGCCCACUUUUUGGCGAGAAGCGGCGGCGGCGGCUUUUGCCCGUUUCAUUCAGCGCUUUCCGCAGCCCGUGGUCGGGGGCGUCCUUGCCGUCUUCAUUUCCCUCGCCCUCCUUCCCGUUCCGCAGGCACCGAGGAGCGAGCAGCAAAGAAAAAUGAGGGAGGUGUGAAGGGCUGGGCAAGGCAUUCCCUCCCUUAGCGUAAGGUGGCCUGGAUCAUCUCGUUGGAGAAAUCUGCAGCGGGAUCUUUUAGGCAAGCCAAAAAAAAAGAAAGAAAAACCCAACCUCGAGACCCUCCUAGAUGAGUGCGGCGGAGCUGUCCAAAGGGUCCGGCUUCUCCCUGCCCCCCUGCCUUUUGAAUAGGACAUCUGGCUCUUCCAACGCCAGCGGCACCUGCAUCACGCAAAUGGGGCAGUUCUUCCAGUCCUUCUCGUCCACUUUUGUCCUGAUUGUCUUGGUCGCCCUCUUCUGCUGCCUGAUCCUUCUCUCCCUGAUCACUUUCCACAUCCACAAGAGGAAGAUGAAGAAACGGAAAAUGCAGAAGGCUCAAGAAGAAUAUGAGCGGGACCACUGCAGCACCAGCACCAGCACCCAGGCGGGGGAUUCGUGUGAAAUACCCCAAGGAAAAGAAUCACCCAGUCCAGGGAAAAUCGCCCAGGAUUCUAGUAUCCCUUCUCCUUCUGCUCCCGAAGCCCAGAAUCCCCAUCCGGAAAGAUCGGAUUUGGAAACAGAUACUCCUGGGCUUUUGCAAACAGUGGUAUUGUCUUGAUUUUGUUGACUUCUGUUUGUGGGGACCUCGCCAAAAGACUUUUUUGUUUUUGUUUUUGGGUGUUUGUAUAUAUUUGAGUGGCUAUUAUUAUAAUCUUGAAGAUAAAUGAUGAUUAUUGAUAAUAUAUAUGAAAGAACUAACUGACCCAUCAGUAUUCAAAAGCAUGUCAAAUUAAAUUGUGUUCUUCAAUUACUUUUUUUUUUUUUUUGGUUUUUGCAAACAGAAGGAUGGGUCUUUUUUUUUUUUUCAAGUGGAGAAGACGAGGAAAAACUGCCCAGUGCUACCAAAUAUAAAACAAUAUUCCUUGAAACCAAUGGUGCAGGCUGUACUGUUGGGAUGUACAUACAGAAGUGUUUCCAAUUAUAUAUUACAGCAAAUUUACAUUUUGUUCCUUUGGGGAUGGGUGGGUUACACAACAAACAUAUAAUGGGAUUGAAAGGACUGGGUUUAAAUCUACUGACAAUAAUGAAAAGCUUGAGGGAGAGUUUGGCAAGUUUUGUGCAAAGGAGGGUCUUUUUCUAAGGGUGCAUUUGAAACCCUGUCCCGGGACUUGACAAUGCGGGGACUUAGUGGUUAGUCCAAUCUGACACAAUCAAGAAUGCAUUAACAUUUUUGUGUAAUCUGUAAUUGUUCUCUCUUCCUCCUUUGCUUUCCCAACUCUUCCACUCUCAAUUUUAGAGAUUAGCUCUUGUUUCCCUUUUGUAGGAUCAAUAUCUAAGUUUAGAAAUGAUCUCCACCCUCAAACGAUCUCCAUAAUCCUCUUUGGGGGGGGGAUGACUUUUUUUCCCUCUUUCUCUGCAGUAUUGCAUACCCCAUGUCUUGCAAACUGUGAACGCAGUUGAGCUAUGCUUGUGUAUCUAUAUUGAUAAGAGAGAAUGGAGUUAUUACUUCAUAGGAAUGUUUUGGGAUGUAUGUCUCUCUUUAAGGCUUUGGGGUGUUUUUUUUUAAGUGUAUCAGCAUUUUUCUUACAUUAAAUCUGGAUCAAGAUACCUUUUCAAUGACUAACACCAAGGUGAUGUACAGUAAUUUAUUUUACCAUCCGAAGUUGGCACUCUGGGACACCCACCUGAUACAUCUUGUGAACCGUCCUCUGCAAUACAUUCUGGUUCAACCAGACUUACAUUUUGCCCUAUUGAAAACCAACUUCAGCAUUGAUGUAGUAGUGAGCUGUCUUCUACUGUCCUGAUUUAGACAAUAUAUUAGUUUUUUCCUAACCUUCCCUCGGAUCUCUCUCGUGAAUCUGGACUAUAGAGGUUUGGUGUUAAGGUACCAUCUAUUAAAAACAGGAAAGCAUUUUUAAAAAGACUGCUGUGUUUUUAAACUCCCCCUCCCCCUUGGAGAAAUAAUCCUUCAUUGCUCGUGGAAACUGAAUGAGUGGCUUGUGCUGUAUGUUUCUUAAUAUUAAUAACAAGGAGAACAAUUCUGCUUCCGUUAAACCCUUUGAAGUGCCAUUAAUUUCAGUUGAAGAGACAUAACCUUAGGGCACCAUCUUCCAUUCAUAGAUGUGGAACUAAGAUUUUGCAUUGAAAGAUGCAAAGGAAACAUUCGCAGGACUAUGCUAUAACUAUCUAAUCCUGAGUAUUCAUAAUUGUACUUCGGUUCUCAACCAAUCGUAAAGCUCACGUGGAUGAUAUUGGAUCACUCGUUCUCUCUCAGACCAGACUGCUUUGCAGGGUUGUUGUAGGGAUAAUUUUAGGAGAGAUCUGCCAAGGUGAGCCUUGAGUUCUUAGAAAAAAAAGACAGAACAUAAAUGCAAUAAAUAACAAUAUUUAAAUGGGUUUAACUUUACAAAGUGUACCUAAGCUGGGUGGCUUUUUUUAUUUAAAAAAUGGACCUUUUAAUUAAAAAGUUGCUUCAAAAAUAAAUUUUACUUGAUUAAAUAUUUAUUUAUUUGAUUACCAUAAUCAUCCAUUGUGUAUUUAAUACAUAAGUAGCUAUUGUUUGAUCAGUAGGUCCAUAAAUUGGUGAACUAACACUCCUAAACUCUCUUCUGUACAACAUCCAGCUAAGUACUAGGUGCAUCGUAAUUAAUAUCAAAUAUACUGCAAAACAAUAGAAGAGCUGUUUCACAGACAAACGUUCAGAAAUAAAAACUAAUACGAUAUAAUGUACUAUCUUUAAUAUUGGUCUGCCUGCUCUGUCUUUCCCCUGUGGUGAUUGAAACUGAUUUUUUAAAAGCAAGAUUAUGUACAUUUCCAUAAUUCAAUUGUAAUACUUUAGAAGAUCGUUGGUGGGUAGAAUUCUCAGAGAAUAAUAGCACAAAUCUAAACCUAUGAUAUUUGCAAUGCCAUUAUGGCAUCAAAAUGCAAGGGAUUUGGUAUCUAGCGCUUAUUUUUCUUUGCUUCUUGGGUUUUCCUUUCACCCUUGACCAAUUAGACUGAAAAAUUGCUGCUGAGUGAAAUGUCUCUCUAGUGCUUAGAAUCAUAAAACUAGAAGGAGCCAUUCAGAUAACUGAGCCCAACUCCUGCAGAAAUCCCAAUUAACUGUGUUUGACAGGUGUUUAUCUUGAAUAUAUCAGAUGAAAGGAAGCCCAGCGCCUCUUUUUGAAAUUGGUUCUAGUGUCAAACUGUACUGUUCAAAGGUUUUGCUGGCAUUUAAUGGAAAUCUGCCUUUCUGUAAUUUAAGCUCACUCUGGGAAAGGAUCAUGGGCAUCCUUGGUGUGACUCUUUUUUAGGUAUUACAAGACGGUUACAGUUGUUGAUUAUCUUUGCUCAAAGCUAAACUUUCCUUAAUCUCUUCUUGUUCUUUAUUGUUCUUGCUGUUACCAUUCUCUGCACCUAUUCUUAUAUGUCACAGGUAGUAGCUUAAAGCAGGGG